UCUCUCCUUUUAUGGGCAGUUUCUGCAUUCAGCUGAACAGGCUUUCCUCCAUCGUCGCUAUCAGCAGAGGCGGCAACCAAACUUCUUUUUCUGCCAUAUAUAAGGUCACUUGCUCAAAACGUGCAGAAAGCAAGGCAGAUCUUCCAGUUGCCGUUGUGAGAGGAUAAACCAUCGUCGCUUCUUCUUGGUGAGAAGAUGAAGGUCGCCUUUGUAUCCGUAUUCCUCAUCGUCGCCCUCGCCUGCAGUGUGUCUGCGACGUCGCCUCCACAGUGUGCAGGCGUAGUGUGCGACCCAUCAACAUGUGAGGUGCUGGAAUGUAGCUGCGGAACCUACAAGGGAUACUGCGGCUGCUGCGACUACUGCCAUGCAUGUCCCAACGAAGAGUGCAACAGCUUGUUCACGGACCCUUGUUCGGAGGGCUACCACUGCGUCCUGGACAAUCCUGGGCGACGCUUUGAGAACGGAGGCACCGGCCACUGCAAGCCGAAGCCACAAGCUACUGCCCAGAGCUAGGCAGUUGCGAAGAGCUGCCCAUUGAAUUCCCUUUUUAAAAGGAUGCCGAUGGCAAAUAACCAUUUCUCUCUGAGUGAAAGGCCAAUUCUUAAAAACAUCUAGAUCAUAAAUAUCACACGCAGCAGCCAUUUACCUGUUGAGAAAUCAAGGUAAAUGAAGGAGGCUAUUCGCGUCGCCAACGUUACAUUCUGGAACAAGGCCGAUGACGUAGUAGAGUCUCAGGACAAUUAGCACAACUCAACCAACUGAUACUAGAAAAAAAUGUUUCACGGCAUUUUAAUGCGGAAUAAAAAUACAACUACUGCG